GCAAACAGCCUUACCGACUUUGUGGCGGCGGCAAUCUGUUGCACAACUGUGCUGUGCUCUCGCCAUCCUCACUUCACCGCUGCUGCCAAGAUUUUAGGAUCCGAAAAUAUAAACCUACUCUUUGGUCACGAUCUGUCAGAAUUUCACUCCAGUACCUCAGAUCACCAGAAUGUCUGACACGCUAUCGGGUACUCGGCUGCCUUCUGACACGCCGGCUGCAGGCACGCUCGAAGAGCUGAAGGCCGCUAGUCUUAGAUUUCUUGUGGACAUAAAGGCUCGUCUUGGAGACUCGUCGCAGCUCGAUGUCGUGCACAAGACGCUCGAUUCUUUCAGAAAGGGCGCAAUGAGCAAGCGGGAUGCAUACACAACGAUACACAAUACUCUUGAAGGGCAUGACGAUCUCAGGCAAGGGCUUUUGGAUAUCAUUAUGCAUCCAGCAGCCGAAUGGGCUCCCGGCGACUUUGAUCUACCCACCAUGCAGCCAACUCAGCCGCUUAUCAAGCCGACUCCUGAAUUUCUGCAGCCGCCACAUCAAUCGCAGGUGCGCCUCCCGUCCAUCUCAUCCAAGUGGCAUCAACCACUUGGUCAGAUGACAUACUGUGGCUACAACGAUUACAAACCUACGGAAUCGUCUCCCGAGCUGCCAGGUCUUGCUCUCCUCCAGCUGCCUCACCAACCUACACAUAACUGGGUGGAUGAUAGAGCAAAGACUGAUCAUCCGGCUGUUCACGAUGAUACGCCUGUAUUGCCUCCUGUCCAUCCGGUCUUUCGUAACCCAUGGCACGAUGCGAGCUACGCUGAUACCUGGGCGAACGGCGACAUGUAUGUUGGCGAUCAGUUCUACGCUCAAGAGUCGCUUAACAUAUCCUACAGUGGCCACCUGCAGCCUCCGGUAAUCUACUCCCAAGAUAUUGAAUCGUACCAGCAGCCAAGUUUUCUCUCACAGACCGCUCUCUCACCAACGCUCACUCCGCAAUCUACCUACGAGCCGACACCAGCUUCAAAUGAAGACAGUGUCUUCUACAGGACCAGUCUGUAUGAAAAAAGUCCGGUGCGAUUUCAAGUGCUGCCGACGCCGAUCUCUCAAUCUCCGCCUGAUAUGCAACAAUCUCGAGAUACAACAGAAUACAGCCAGACAGACCGGCCUCACUCACCGAAAGAACUCUUCAUACACGCCCUGUGUGGCAAAGGUUUCACGACAUUGGCGGCGGUGAAGAAACAUCAUUGGGGCAAGAAGACCAACGACCUCGCAACAACGACAGGUUGCUGGGCAAAGCACAAGAAACCGAACACUCCCUGGUAUGCUCAUUCUAGCUGUGAAUACGGACAGCACGCGUCUGAAAAGAGCAAGAGUUUUUCUUCUACAUCCAAGCAAGGUCAGCUGAAAGCCUCGUCGCAGCGCAAGACUCAGACACCUUCGACCUCGCUGCAAUUCAACACAGUGCCUGGUUUCCCGACGCUUUCCGAUUUACCUAAUGCAGUCGCAAGAACCUUGAGUGCAGGAAACCCAAGCCCAGGAGAACUGAGCUCACGUUAUCAUACCCAUCGACUUCCGUCGUCAAGUGGCUUUGACAGUCUGUUGACAGCAGUCAACAUGGUCUCCCAGAUUGAUGCGCCGAAACCUGAGACUCGGACAAACUCUAUCGCCCUGCAUCUAGAUGCUCAAGUCGCUGCUUCAGAACAGGAGGCUCAGUUCGUGCCGUAUGUACCAGCUAAAAGCUCUCGUGGUAUACCUAUCGCCGUGCCAGAUGCAUUGAAAUCAGUGGGAAUUGUCCUGGGAGAACCUGCAAAUGGCGGGAGUGGGCAUCUUCCAAAUCACGGCAAGGAAGAAUGUCUUUUGAGAAGCCAGACUGGUGUUGCAGGGUCCGUUGCGUCCGCGGCCUUCUCGCAGCCGCUUGAGCCCCUUCACUCCGGAUCAUCAGGUCCUGCAAAGAAAAAGCGAAGAGUCUAGACAGACUUCCAGAUGACCUCGGUGGUUAAAUCACUUCACGUCAAGCAAAAGCUGUACACACUCUUGCGCGAUUAUGACGUAGUGUGUGUUUGUUUAGAAAACGGCGUCCGGUAUAUGUAAUGAGGCUGUCACGGUA